GACUGGCAGGCCGGAGAUGGAGGCCCACACGUGCAAGCUGCUGCUGCGGCUGCUGCUCGCAGUUGCCGCCCUCGGACUGGGCGAAGCAGCACAGCCCUAUUACGGAAAGUACAUCGGGAAGUUGAAGACGCUCCACCACGGCGUCACGGGCGAAGUGUACGCCGUUGACGCGCGUACGCUACACAUCAGGGACUUCAGCUACGAUGGAGAAGGGCCAGCUGCGUUCUUCUGGGCUGGAGAUACCAAGAGCCCGAGCAGCUACGGCUUCAAGGUGAACGACGAGAAAGGAACAACGAACGUGCUGCCGCGCUACCGCAAGAAACACAUAACGGUCACCCUGCCGGACAACAAGACGCUCAGGGACAUCAAGUGGUUCUCCGUGUGGUGCGACGAAUUCGCUGUGAACUUCGGCGACGUGAAAAUCCCCAAGAACUUCGACUAUCCGAAACCGCAGAAGAUCGAUCCGCUGGACGGCGUGCACGCCGUGUCAUCGGACAACAUCGUCAUCGUCGACGCCCAGACACUGCUCGUGCCCCACUUCUCAUACGAUGGUGAAGCUCCAGACGCCAAGUUCUGGGUGGGCCGCGGCAGCAAGCCCAGCUCGCAGGGGACGCGUGUGCCGGACGAGAACGGGCGCGAGGAGCCGCUGCGGCGCUACGACCGCAAGACGCUGGUGCUGACGCUGCCCGCCGACCUCACCGUGCACGAGAUCGGCCACUUCGGCGUCUGGUGUGAGGCGUUCGCCGUCGACUUCGGCCACGUGCGCGUCCCAGCCAACAUGAACGUGCCGCCCUCGCUCAAGAUGCUCGGCGUCUCCGCCCAGUCGAAGCUGAACUGCGAGGUGCUGCACGACGACUUGGCUCUGGAGGUGCGAUGGGCCAUCGCUGGGGACAGCAUCGUCGUCCAGCUCGUUGGAAAAGUCGCCAAUGGCGACUACAUGGCGUUCGGUCUUUCGGGGCAUCCGGAGCGGUCCAGGAUGGUGGGCGGCGACGUGGCGGUGGCGUGGGUGGACCACGACACGCUGCAGGGCGGCGCCGACGACUACUUCCUGGGCGCCAAGUCGCAGUGCUCCGGCGGCACCGGCAGCUGCCCCGACGAGCGCAUCAGGGAGGGCACUAACACCGUGCUGCCUCUGAACGCGGCGCUGGUGAACGGUUACUCCAUCGUGACGUUCCAGCGCCACCUGCGCGCCCGCGACGAGCUGGACCUGCCCGUGCUGACCAACCAGAGCCAGGCCGUCAUCUGGGCCGUCGGACCGCUCAACGAUCGCCGAGAGGUCUCCUUCCACCACACUUUCAACAAGCACAACGUGCUGAUCGACUUCGGGCGGUCCCCGCGCUGGAACUGCCCUCUGCCGGACACGGACGCCCCCCGCGUCACGACGCCUGCGGCGACCAGCAUCACCACGGGCGCUCCCUCCCGCCGCCGGGGGCCCUCCAGGGCUACCACCACCACCACAGAGGAGCCACCAGCCACCCAGCCGCCGCGGAGGCCGAGCCGCCCGCGAGCCACGCCGGCGCCCGUGGCGCGAGUGGCCGACGCCUGGCACAUCCCGGCCAUCCAGUGCUACGAGCCGGAGGACGGCGUCUUCUACGCGCAGAUGGGGCCCACCGGCGGCAAGCGAGGCUACUCCGCUAUCACCGGCCACGUCGGCUGGGGCAUCUCGUGGUACAUCAACGGUCUGCUGAUCCCCGAGAUCAACGUGGUGCGCGGCAAGACGUACACGUUCGUGGUGGAGGGCGGACUCGACCCUGAGACGCCGGCGCGCUAUCACCCGUUCUACAUCACCGACGACCCCGUGGGCGGCUACGAGCACAAGACGCCGGAGGAGCGAGCGGAGGUGCGCAUCUUCGCGGGCGUGUCGGUGAACCGGCGGGGUGACGUGGUGCCCACCGGCACGGGUCGGCUGUGCAACUGGACCCCGGACCCCGACCAGCCGCCAGCGGACGAGUUCGCGUCGUUCGGCGCUUACCAGCGCUCCCUGACGCUGCAGUGCGACGAGGGCGAGCCGGGCGUCGUCCAGUGGACGCCGGGACCGGACACGCCCGACACCGUCUACUACCAGUGUUUCACUCAUCGAUACCUGGGCUGGAAGAUAAACGUCCUGGACAGGUGCGACGCCAGCGGUAGCGCUAGCGAGCCGGUGGCUGCGAGCGUCAGCCGUGGGCCCCAAGACCCGCCCGCUUACGACGACUCUGAGGAGGGCGAACUGCAGCCCGGGGCCAGCAUCCGCGUCUCCACCAGGGUCAAGCCGAACGGCGUCUUCUACCACAACAGCAAGACUGCGAGCGACGGAAAAGGAGACGCGUUCGAAGUAUUCUACGGUAACACCCAAGACAACGUGACACCCUACGCGUACUCCACAAUUGGGAAGGAUGAUGAAGAUGAUGAUGAAGGCGAGAGGCACAUCUCGUCAGACAUCGACGAAUUCGCCGCGUCCCCAGGUAAAAAUCCUUUAGCCGCAUCAUCACAGCAGGCCAGUGUCGAAUUUCAUCGGGAAUCGGAGAAACUGGGUACAAAAUCUGAACAACACGCUGGUGAAGCAGCAGAAGCGAAAACUGACAAAACUAAAGGCGACGAUGCCACGAGGAGCACGGAAACGGACGUAUCCCGCUGGAAAGAGAGCUACCACUCCAGUCACGGAGAACUGACGCCUGUCGAUCCAAUGAGGAGGCCGGUGAUCCACGCAACCACUCCUUACUCAUUGGCCGCCCACACAGACCGCGGGGCGGAAGUUUCUUCCCAAGCACCACUGAGAACGCAGGACACCCUGCAGGAACUGAAACACGAACCGGUUCCUCCGACAGGUACUGUGCGACAGUCGGAAACACCCAAACCGGGAAAUGUAGACGGAACGGGUCUCAAAAUUGAAUCUGCUGGAGCCAACCUAGACGGACAAUCCUCUACAGAACUGACGACCACAAAACAGACAAUUCCGGCCUCAAAACCGCCAACAAGUGGGUUGUACACGCAAGCGAUAAGUUACAGACCUCAACAGAUGCACCUUUCGUUUCGAAGACCCGUCGCUCACCGUUCCCCGCCCCAUAUGCACAGGCCCUUAAUCCCAGCCGCAAUGAGGAAGCCGCACAUAUCAACAGCAGCGCCGCAAAAUUAUGCACUCGGUAUGAAGAAACAUUAUUACAGGACGCCAAACAUGGGCACAUAUAGACCAUUAGUAAGUUCCUCUGUAUAUCAAAGGCCGUUAACUUUAUAUCCUAGCAGUCCGAGAACCAUACCAUCGAUGACGACUUACCAAAGACAGACCACAUUCUCACAGAGAAAUGUGCAACGAGUAACUGCAACUCCAACUAACAGAUUAGAGACUGUGACCAAACUGCCGUCAUUGGCGGCCCAGCGAGUCGCACCCAAAGUUACGCCCCCUGCAGUACACGUAGUCUCAGCUAACAAACCGCAAUCACAGGAGAACGCCGAAAGCAAAUCACCUGCAACAUUCGCGUCGGCAGCGACACAGGGCGGAGACGAACCGUCGGCAUUGAUGCCUGCAGCUAUAAACACGGGUUUCCACCCCGAAUCUGUUAUUGUGGAAGGCGGCUUUAAGCCCAUAACACAGAAAAACGCAGCUGCUCAGGACAGAUCAUCUGCCGAAAGUGAAACUCUCGCGGAAUCUUCUGAAAGGCUAGACGCGGAAUUGCUGUCUGAUGUAGUUGCAGAAUCUUCGGAAGAGAGCAAGAAUGAAAACCCAUUUAAAGGUCAGAGACCAGAACUGUUCGAACCAAUGUUUAUUCCUUCCCCUCCUGAUAGAAUAAUUAACAGUAAUACUUCAAACGUGAAUCUCAAGAAACCUGUUUCGCUGCCAGACGAUCUAAUACCUCCGGCAGCCAGCAUCCAUCACAGAAACAGUGGCCAACCUCUACGAAGCCCACCACAUUUAUUCGCAAAUAGACCGAGACCAGGUAAUGUCCGUAGACCAUUGUAUCCUAACAACAAUGCUGGUACAUUUAGAGUUCCACCUCGAGGUAACGUCCCCUCUUUCAGGCACCAGCAAAAGUCUGAAGAAUCUCAAGAUGAAACACCAAUGGCGGCUGAACGUUUAGAUACGUAUUAUCUACCUCCAGUUGAAUAUAAAACGAGUUCUGUAAGAAAUCAUCAGCCAAGUAUAUCGCCCAGUAUCGACGCCACAAUUGCUCCCGGUACAGUAGUAACAUACGAUGGGAAGUCCGUGGUAGAUGCGUCUCUAGCGUCCUCUAUUUCUAACCCUCCUGGAGAAUCCUCAUCCAAUUAUCGGAGUCCCUCUGGCACUGCUGCCCUUAUUAGAGAGCUACCACAGUUUGGACCAUUUCGUGGAGAAAUUCCUCCACCUGUACCUGCUGUAGUGCAGACAGAAAACAUACCACAACUCAGAAUUCAGAACCAAAAGCGGGCACAAACCUUACCACUGCAUUUUUCUCCUGGUGAUUCACAACGCUCAACUGGUGAACAGAAAACGAAUUAUCCAGGCACUCAUUCGGCUCGAAGCACACGGCUGUCUUUGGUCAGACAGGUAGAAAGUACGGAUGAGGCUUCUUCAGAUCUCACGCCAGAAGCCUCAGAGAUAAAAGAAUUCUUAAUUCCUGUAAAAACAAGAAAAUUUAAAACCGCAAAGAAAGUGGCAAUACCAUUUGCUGAGAGCACGGAUGACCUUAGUGGCUUCAAAAGUGAGGAAAUGGCUUCACCAGACAAAACAGUCUUGAGCAAGAACAUUAGUCAGCACACAGAACCUACACAACACAUAAAUCAAAGUAGUUUUGUGCAAAGGGAAGAUCCACACACCACCUCCAGAGGGCUCAGUCGGAACAAACGCUCACCUGUUCCACAUCACGAACCAGGUCAUCAUGUUAGUGAUAAGGAUGAUGACCAGGAAGAAGACAGGCAGCACAUACAUGUAGAGGACAUGCGAGUUGGCAACAGGGGUAACGCUGUAAAUGGUUCUCCAUGUACAGUCCACAGAGAGAGCAUGGCAUUAAUAAUGUGUCUGGUAGCCACUUUUGUUUGGCUGUAAUGUAAAUAUAUGCCUUCUGUGCUCCUUUCAACAGUUGAGUCAGGGUAAACAGAGAACUGUUAAGUGAUCUGUUAUGUUUUCUUCAUUUUAAAAGUGAUUACCAUCCUUGUCAAACAAUUGUGUAGUACUGACAGAAGAAACUAUUACAAGUUCCUAGCAGAGUCAGCAACAGCACAGAGUGAUGUAUUAUCAUUGCAAAUUUAAUAAACAUGUACUCUACCACGUCUGAGCUCAAAAUCACAACAAAUUGUUUUCAUGAGUAUUAUGAAGUAUUAAGAAAAAACUUCGCUAAUCAUUCAGUUGCUUGAAAUUACAUACUGAACCAUGGUGUACUGCCACAUUAUAAUUUUGAAAUUCAAGUGCACUUUUGAUGUAAUUUUAAACCAUAUUUAUUACACAUUUCAUCCUCAGCAUUUAUUUAUUAUAAUUCAUUUUACAAUUUCAUGCAAAUGUUAUGGAGGUAGUUACAAGUGACAAUACAUACUUACUAAGUAUUAUGCAUGCUAACAAUAAAUUUGGAAAUUCACCUUUCCAUGUACAUCACACAAACAAAUUCAGCUAUUUAUUAAGCAUCAACUAUAUUCCUCAAGGAAACCUAGGGUAAUUCAUUGUGUAUAUCUGAAACUUGUCAUUCCAUUCCAGUUAAAACAUAGAUGCGUGAAUGGAAGUAUAAUACUUAAUACAUGCAUUUAUUAAAAUUCUGAUGAAAUUAAACAAUAGUAUUCUGUAUAUGUGUAGCGUCCUUAUUUUGUAAUCUAAACUGUCAUUGUGAUCAUCAUGUUUAUUUGUAUUACUUAGAAAUUAAUGAAGUAUACUCGCCAAUGAUUUGUUUCUCAAUGUAUCAUUACAAAUGUCCACAUUUUCACCAUACAAAAAUAUCUGCUCAAAAUAUUUCACAUUUAGUUAACUAAUUUUAUAAGCUAAGUUUUCUUUAUUCUUUUUUUACAUUUUGAAGAUUAAAUAAGAAAUAAAAGAGUCAUAAUUAUAAAUAACUAAGCCAGUUAUUAUUAAUUAUACUAUGACAUGCUGUAAUUUAUUGAUUUCAUUGCAGUCAGAAGAAAGUAAUACUUAAUGCUGGUUCAGUAUUUUUGUUUGUUCAUCCUUCAUUAUGUACCAUUCUGACCAUAUAUUCUGAGCUGGACUGCAGAAAUGUUGCCUUGAUUUCAUAUUUUUUAUUGGUGACCAAACUGCUCAUUUCUUAUUCUGCCUUGUGCAAAUAUAAAUGUUUGUAAACAUUACUGUGACUGAAAUCUGACAGUGUUAUUCUUCAAAAUACAAAAAAUUAAUACUGAUAGCAAAAUAACAUACCUAAAAGUUGUUACUGCUGUUCAGAUUUGUAUCUCUUUACUAUUCUUCACAAAUAUAACAAUGCAACUGGAGCACCUAAAAAAAGAUUCAAAUACAGCAAUUUCAUUUAUAUUGCAUUAAAAUGGGUUCCAGGAAUCUAAAAUUUCCAUCUACUUCAAUUUUUCCUAAUAAACGGUAAAAAUAACAUUUACCCUAUCUGACAGGUUGUUCAGAACUGUGGAAGUCUGUCCUCAAGUAAUUUUAGUAAUAGAGAAAGAGCUAUUUUUCUUUUAUACUGGAUUACAAUGAAACCAAUUUUGAAAUGUACAUAUAAUUAAUUUCUUGUUGUUUUUUUAUACAAUGUUUAGUAGUAAGUCUCUACUUUCUUGUUCCAAGAAUCAUAUUUUUGUACUUUUCAGAACUUGAUAUCAGUAUAUCCUCAAAGUAGAUUUUAUUUUUGAUACAGUGUACAAAUUAUAACUGCCAAACUGAACUGUUAACAUAUA